AUGGCUGAACUGGGAAUCCAUGGUUAUGCCUUCGCCAUUACCAAUAAUGGAUACAUACUCACCCAUCCAGAUUUGCAGCCUCUGUUGCGUAAUGCCAUGGUGAACAGGCAGACGGGAAGCUUCUCUAUGAAAGUGAAGAAGACUGUGGAUAAAGGGAAGCGUGUGCUUGUUCUACACAAUGACUACUACUACACAGACAUUAAAGGAACUCCCUUCAGCUUAGGAGUGGCCCUGUCCAGAGGUCAUGGCAAAUAUUUCUUCAUAGGAAAUACCUCUGUUGAAGAAGGACUACAUGAUUUGGAGCAUCCAGAUGUUUUAUUAGCGAAUGAAUGGACAUACUGUAACACAGAGGAACAUCCAGAACACAAUUUCCUAACUCAGAUUGAUGCCAUCAAGCUGUAUUUUAAUGGGGAACCACAUCUGAAGUGUGAUAAGGAUCUGAUCCAGGAAGUUCUAUUUGAUGCUGUGGUCACAGCACCACUGGAAGCAUACUGGACCAGUCUCGCUCUCAAUAAAUCCGAGAAUUCUGAUAAAGGGGUGGAGAUAGCUUACCUCUGCACUCGAACCGGACUAUCACGCAUCAACCUUUUUGUGAUGCCAGACCAACUGACCAAUCAAGACUUCCUGACUGGAGAGGAUAAGGAGGUGGUGUUCAGUGCUGAUCAUUUUCCUUUGUGGUACAAACGGGCUGCUGAACAGGUGCCUGGAACCUUUAUCUACUCCCUUCCUUUCGGCACAGGCUCUGAGAAUAAGAGUGUGGUUUUGGCCAGCAGCGCCAUUCAUUUGUUGGAUGAGAGAGAGUCACCCAUUGCUGCAGCUGUGGGUAUUCAGAUGAAACUAGAGUUCUUCCAGAGGAAGUUCUGGACUGCCAGCAGACAGUGUGCAGCACUUGACGGGAAGUGUUCCAUCAGCUGUGACAAUGAUGAAAUCAGCUGUUACCUCAUUGACAACAAUGGAUUCAUAAUUGUGGCUGAGGAUCUGUCUUUGACUGGUGUGUUCUUUGGAGAGGCUGAGGGAGCUGUGAUGAGCAAACUUGUUUCAAUGGGUUCUUUUAAGAGGGUGAAUCUGUAUGACUAUCGGUCAAUCUGUAGGGUGUAUGCACAGACCAGUGAUACAGCACACACACUUUUGCACCCCUACUUUGCUUUAUUUGCAGCUGUCCGGUGGCUUCUGACUGAAUUUGUCAUAUUUCUGGUUGAGUUCAACCUGUACAGUUGGUGGAACUCUGACCUCACCAUUAAGGCUCAGAGAGGAGGCAAAACUAUGUUGGUUCCUUGUGAUAAAGAGUAUCCAGCAUUCGUGUCUGAGCGCACCAUUAAAGAAACCGUCGGGAAUAUUGACUGUGAAAGCUGUGUUAAAUCGUUUGUUAUUCAGCAGAUUCCCAGCAGUAAUCUUUUCAUGGUGGUCAUUGACAAUACAUGUGACUGCAGUGACUUUGGACCUGUCACCAUGGACCCCAUCGAAAUUAUGUAUAACGAGUCUCUGAAAUGUGAACGGUUGAAGUUUCAGAAGGAGAGAAGGCGACCAGACACGUGCCACCCCUUCCAUCAUGAGGAAAACUCAAUGGAGUGUGGUGGUUCUGUGGGCUUGACUCCAUCACUAACAUCUACAGUUCUUAUAGUCCUGAUAGUCACCAUCUUUCCCAGGUGAUGAAAACAGAAUUUGACCCAUACGUCCACCUCGGUCAUGCCAGUUUCACUCGGUCCAGCAUGCAAAAAUGUAUUAUAUAAAUAUUUAUUU